UCGCAACAGUGACGUCAGUGCGCCGCGGCGGUGCGAAGACUGGCGGCGAUUGGGUAAGCGCGCAGCUGAAGAGAGUACUGUACGGCCGCAAAAUACAAGACAAGACACGGAUAACAACAACAGCUGGGACCGCAUGACGCUAACUAAAGACACGCUCGCACUUUCGGGGCUCACACUAUAGAGAUUUCGGAUGUCACGAUGGCUGCAAACUUCACUAUUUCAGACAGCGAUUCAGAGCCAUCGGAGGUAGUGGAAGAAGAAACCAAGCAACCGUCUGCAGGACAAGAGGAGCACGUCUUCAACCGCAGCAGCCUCACCCUGCCCGAGCUCAGAGGACCAGUAGGGGCCGGUCGCAUCAGGCUGAACUCGGAGUCCCACGCGUCCACGGUCUCCAGGGACGAGGAGCUCCAGGCCAGGGGAGAGGAGGAGGCCGGCACGCCUACCGACGGAGCUCCGUUCAGGGGUCGGUCCAAGUCGGCUCCUCCCGCCCUGUGGGCCGCCAAGAAGUACGGCCGGCAGCUUCGGAGGAUGAGCGACGAGUUCGACAGUCUGCUAGAUAAAGGGGAGAUGAGGAGGGUGAGGAGCGCCGGGACAACCAAACAGAUGCACCACUCUAAAAGCUGGUGGAGCUACCUCUUUAGUCACCAGGAGACAGAAGGCGAGAAUAACCACCACGAGAACCACAACCACCGCACUGAGUAGGCACUGAGACGGAGGAAGAGGGGAAACGACGGGAGACUGAACGGCGUGGAAGCCCAGGGAACAAUUGAAGUCAAAACGACGUCAACUGCGACAAAAAGCAAGAGGUUGGCUUGAUCAAAAAAAAUAGAACAAUUAAAAAAGAAAAAGAGGCGUGGCUGAAGUGGGACGUGCUGUAAAACACACUUGAAUGCAUUGUUAUUAAUGAGUCCCAUUCUAAACAUUUAAUUUUUUAUACAUCAUUGGAAACUCCAAUUUAAAUGGACUGUUUGUGUUUGUGUCGGUUGUGAUGUAAACUACAUAUUGUUGGUUAGCUCACUGUACGGUGGUGAAAGUCAGUCAGGACGGACCAUCUGAAAGGAUGGGCCAAGAUAAGAGAUCUAGUCUCUUAAAAUAAAAAAAACACACAAAGAUAGACCCGCUUAUAGAGAGGCAGCCACCGCAAAUACGUCUCGUCUCUCACAUCAACACUAUGCAAUAUACUGUGGAUGGAGAGACCAGUGUGCUGAAAUCUGAGGCCAUUUCAAAUGUCACUUUUUCUUGAGGAAAUGUACCGGUGUCUGCGCGCGAACCGAGGCCUGUCUCGAUCUAAAUGUUUAAACAAACUCACCAAGAGAUCACUGUGCAAAGAUAAUCUGCAGGCAUCUGGAAAGUUUGUAGACACACAUUUUUUUACAAAAAAAAAAAUAAAAACAUUCAACUUGGAUCUUUUCAUCCAUCUUCCUGUUCUGCUCCCCCGCAAACUAAUACCAUUUCAACCGCUGUGCAUGACUAUCACUAAACACUUUACGUCUCGACUCAAUCUAAAGAAGAACAAUCUCGUACGAGGACAAUCUACGACGGUGCAGAAAUAACGUACAUGUAACGUACAUAGAAAAGCACAAACCGAUCUAUCUUUUUAAAGACUGCAUAAAAGAUAAAAAAAACCUUCGGGAUUUUUAUGUGUAAAUAUUUUGUUAAUAUAUCGUGAAGUGGUGGUGGGUGGGCGUUUAAAAGGCAAGGUCAGAAUUCUAUUUCCAAGGUUGCCGUGCGGUUUAAUAAGCCUGGCGAACCGAGCAAUAGGCAGUGUACAAUCCAUAUUGUUGUGACAGAUGUUACGUGCACAUUUAGAAGAAGGAGAAGAAGAAGAAGAAGAAGAAGCGGGUGGGGGUGAAUUAAGUGCUGUACAGGGAGCCAACACACUAGUCCUUCAGCUCUCAGAGCGUAAGGAGAACGGAGUCCACUCACAUUUAAACACAGGUGUAAAAGGGUUUUUAAGUCAGUUUCUGGUCCCGUUGGGUUUAUAAGAUGUUCACAUGUGGCUUGCCGGGGGGUUCAUAUGCAUUGGGAUGUGAAUAAAAAAUCUGUUAAGCUGUACAAGUGCUGAUCUGAUGCUACGUUCGCUAUUUAUCCGUGAUACUCCAGCUUUCGAUAAUCACCUGGCACAUACUAUACGUACUAUAUGACCUUUUAUAGACAUUUUUAAACCAAGACCAGCACUCUUUACAGCUUCGUUAAAUUAUUAGGUUAGUCGUGACUCGUUUAUCAAUAUGUGAUUAUAUUGAAAUUGGUAACAGUUUGUUCUGAUUGUGUCUUAUUCUCUUCCUCUCGGCUUAACGGGGUGGAGCUGUGAAGUGCUCGGGUGUGCAAGCUAAGGGGCUGCAUUUAUUUUUUUUAUUUUUAAAUGUCAAAUUUUACUGCUUCCUUUUAUUUUAUUUAUUAUUUUUCCUAAACUCAGAUAAUUCCAGACAAUCUGGACGGUGACACCCACACAAACACUGUUUUUUUUUUUUUUUUUUUUUUAUGAUAUCAGAUUUCUUACGUAUGAACAAAAAAAAAAGACAGGAUGAGUGUUUGAGGUCGAGGAGUUGUGUUUUUCCUCCAGGCCGGGAUGUGGAUGCUUUACUCUCAUAAACAUUUACGUGCAGCUGGAAUUUAUGAUAUUGUAAUGAACUGCCUUGAACAUGCUGUAACCUGUGACGUGACACCACGUAGCCAGCCUCGUCUGUUCACCCAAUUACCGCCUUACUGCUCAUCGCCGUGUGUUGUGCUCGAGAAAAAAAGCACAAUGUACGAAAGGGGUGCGUUCACUGUCGCGACUGGGGGGGGGGGGGGGACAUCUGUCGUCAGUUCCAGGAGAGUUUUGUGACAGUGAACGCACCUCGGAGGGAAAAAAGAAACUGCUUGGACACCUGGACUUUUGCAGUAUUACUUGAAAUGCGUGUGUGUGCGUGUGUGUGUGGAGAAAAUUGAAUUUUAAGAUUUCCAUUAUUUGUUGAAUUCUUUUCCAGUUUUUAAUGACUUUUUGUAAAUGUAUUUUCUCUACAGCUGUGAUACCUCUGGUAUAUGCUGUCCUGAAUAUAAAAUUUAAAAUUUUUUUGGUUUUAAA